AUGCCGCGACCACGCGUGCCCCUAGAGGACCGACAGCGAGCGGUUAAGGCCUGCGUGCCAUGUAAAACAUCCAAGAAACGUUGUGACAGCAAUGCACCAUGUUUCUCUUGCGUCAAGCGUAAUUGUGAACACGCGUGUGUCCAGGAUGAUUCCCGCUCCCGACAGAGUGUUGCACGAAGCCCACGAACGCGCCCAUCUGUGCAACCUCUUAUUAUUGCGGUGCAGCGAAACGCAAAGAAUACGCCUCAAAGACGCCCCGAAGAGCAUGAAGUGGAUGAGGCUCAAGUGCGGCCAACUACGUUGAAUGGAAAUCAAAUUGCCAAUAUUACCUCGCCGGCUGAGAAUGAAGGAGGUCAUCCCAGUGAGGGCGAAUUAACGUCAGGUAGGGACGAAGAUGGCACACCUUCAUUACCAGUGGAAGCGACUCUUCUUCCUCAAAGUCGGCUAAUGCUCAAUGCAAAUGGGGAGAAAGUAUACAUUGGGAAGACUGCAUCGCUGGCGUUUCUACGCUUCUUACGUCAAAUACUAUCGCAGCAUAUGGGUCCGUCUCAAUUUACAGAAAACAGCCGCGGAAAUGUCAUGCUCGAAGCACGAAUGCCAGACGAAGACUCACUCAACAUGGAAGAUAGCCUCGAGGAAAAGCAACUUCUUAUUGAUGGCUUCUUUUUGGCGUCCAGCGGCAUCUUGGACCUUUUCACGAAGGCUGAGAUCAUACAACUCUCAGAGGAUGCCGAGGGUAUGCAAAGAAAUGACAACCUUAACGAAGGCAUCCUCGACCUCAUACUUGCCAUUGGUCAACAAUGCCGGGUAGCAAGUCCUGAUAGAUCAAGCUAUGCGCAGACCUAUUUCAUCCGCGGUCAAAAGAAAGCGCUCAGUGGUAUGCUAGAAGAUCCAAGCGUCUCAAUGAUCUGGUCAUUCCUGUUGAUGGCUUUUUAUCUCCUUGGUGCAUGUCGGAGAAAUGCUGCUUUUAUGUACCUGGGAGUGGCAGCAAGGGCUGCACACGCGUUGGGCCUUCAUGAAACCGACCAGUACUCUGCAUUGAGUGACGCUGAAAAAUGCCUCCGGCUACGGACGUGGAAAAGCUUACGUAUACUAGACGUGAUCACCAGCUCCAUUCUAGCUCGGCCCCUGGCAUCUGUCUCUACGCGUCCAGGAAUAUACGUCGAAGAUAUCACAAAAACCUAUUCUACUAGCUCAAGGCUAGCAACAGACGCAAAUUUUGACUUGUGUACGAUCAUUGAGAGUGUACUUCGAAACAUCAGUCAACAGCUUAAUUUGGAUACCGAGGCAACCCAGAGUCUGCUUCUUAGGCUGGGUCGUUGGAGCUCGAGCCUUACUCCUGAAAUACGGCUUUGUUCUUUCACCACAUCUAUCAGGUCGGCUGACCACGAAAAGGCAAUAGGUAAUAUACAUGUCACAUGCAUGUAUUACUUCACCGUUAUGCUACUUACUCGAUCUUUCUUGAUACGAUAUUUGAUGUCUCAGCUUCCGAAUGCGACUAAUGCUGAGCAAAAUGUUGAAGAGAACCCCUCGACGCUUGACGUAUCUAAACUGGCUCAGGUAUCAAUUGAUGCGGCUAUGUUUACUGCACAAACCUGCCAUAACGCGUUGUCAGCGGGUCUGCUUCUUGACAACAUGUGCAUACUCAAGGCUUGGAUCUUUGCUGCUGGCCUUGUCCUUGGGUUUACCUUAUUUGUCAACGUCGAAGUAGAGCCGAACCUGGAGAAAGCGUUCACAGGGGUUCGAGAUGUUUUGAAAAAGCUCUCUCAUCAGAGUCCACAAGCCGAGCACUAUCACGAUGUGCUCAUUAGCUUUUCGGAAGCGAUAAGUAAGCGCCGUCAGCAGAUCGCACGAGAGCGUCGACGGGUAACGAGCCAAUAUCUCGAUCAGAUCCUUGUUAUCGAUGUCCCGAAUACCUUGGAGCAUCACUACCAAACACCGACGUCUACGGAUGCUGAAGCAUACUCCUUUGAGAAUGGCAGUGUGGAGGACUGGUGGAGCUCGUCACUGCCGUUGGCUCAUGGUAUUCUUGAACACCCACCAGACGUCCUUCACGCGGAUUGGGAUGCCUUCGCUAUGCAAAUAUCCGAGCAACUCACAUAUGGCAACACUGCACCUGGCGAAUUAUUAGACGGCACUUGA